AUGUCGGACAAGCGUAUCAAAUUGAUCAAAGGCGAGCGCGGCCAGGACACGUGGCUGCCGUGUGACGUGGACUCGGAGCACGACGACAGCCCCGCCAAGGUGCUGUGGUACGCGCCAGCGACGGCCGCCAAUGCCAGCGGCGAGCGCACGCCCUUCUACAUGGUGGAGGAUACGCAGCGGCGGGGCAUCUGGAACGGACAGCACGCCAUCGGCGUCCACUGGGCCGGCCGGGCCUCCUUUUCGGUGUCCCGGUCGCCGGCUGCUUUGAGGCUGUCGAGGCUCGAGCUCUCCGACUCCGGCGCCUACCUGUGCACGGUGGCCUUCCACGGCGGGGCGCAGCGAAACGCCACCGUGCGCCUCAUCGUGGGCGUGGCCCCCAGUGUGCCUGUGAUCAUGACGUCAGCAGGCACUGUGGUUGAAGGCACCAUAGGACCAUUCAUGAUUGGCGAGUCUCUGAGUCUUGUCUGCUUAGUGGAAAAAGGUGUGCCGGUGCCAUCGGUCACGUGGCGACGUGACGGUGCCGAGUUGAUGCGCGAGAUGGAGCCGGGCUCUCGCGACUUGGAUGGCGUGGUGCGCAGUUCCGUCGUCAUCGACACCCUGACGCGCGACGACCUCCUCAUGGAGCUGAGCUGCGAGACCAGCAACAUCAUUGGCGGACCUUUCGAGGCCUCGGUGCUCGUCGACCUGACGCUACCACCCGUAUCGGUGAAAAUACUCGGCACGCAUCGGACCUUUGAAGUUGACGUCUCUGCAGAGUUCCGCUGCGAAGUCGUCGGGUCGAGGCCUCCGCCAAAGGUAUCGUGGUGGCUGGACGAAGAGCGCUUGGAGCCGUUCCUGACGGAAGAGAAGGCCAACUCGACCACCACGUCCUUGUUACUCGUGCUGACGUCACGCGCCGACAAGGCCACACUAACGUGUCGCGCUCUCAACACGCGGCUUCCCGGAGAGGUGUGGGAGGACACACUGCUGCUCAACGUCUAUCACGCGCCCCACGCGAGUCUGUCGCUGGGCCAAGGGCUGCACCUGGAGCGCAUACACGAGGGCCAGGACGUGUACCUGGAGUGCGCCAUCCGGGCCAACCCGUGGAUCAGCGACGUCCUCUGGACGCUGGACGGCGAGCCGCUAGAAGACCUCACCGCCACGCACGUACUCCUGCAGGAGCAGUACCUGGUGCUGCGCAACGUCACGUCCAAGUUCACCGGCAGCUACGCCUGUCACGUUCGCAGCGCCAGGGGCGAAGCUGUCAGCAACUCGCUCGACCUCCGCGUCCAAUACGCACCACGCUGCAGAAAGGGUAUGCAGGAAGUGUUCCGGUACUCGACAUCUCGUGAGGAACUCCUCAUUCCGUGCGAGAUGGACUCCGACCCAGAAGACCUCACGUUUCACUGGGUCAUGAAAAACAACUCAGAGGUGCGAGAUCUUCUCACAUUCACAACCAACGGGACCCGAAGCGUGGCUCGCUACAAGCCAGCCGUCGCCACCGAGUUCGUGUCACUCGUGUGCUGGGCGAACAACUCGGUGGGAUCACAGAAGCAACCCUGCACUUACUUCGUCGAGCCACACGGUGCCCCGAAAGCCCUGUCCGGCUGCUCGGUGGUGAACCAGGCGAUGACGUGGUUCUUCGUUCGCUGCUCCGAGGACGACUCGGAGGACCGGCCGGUGGGCCAGGAGUGGUACCUGCUGGAGGUGUUCCACGCGGACACGGGCGCCCCGUUGGGCAACGUGAGCGCCCGCGGCCGGCCCGUGUUCCACGUGGACGACAUCCCGCCGGCCACCGAGUGCCUGGCCCUGGCCUACGCCGUCAACGAGCGAGGUGGACGCUCGGAGCCGGCGCGCGUCGUCGUGCAGGCCAUACCGCCUCCUUCCAAGCUGCUCACCAGCGGUGAGUAA